UCCUGUCGAGUGGCACGCAGGACUCUGAGACGCCAGAGAGAAGGCUGCAAGUAAAGACAGAGUCACCAUAACUAUGCAAUCAGAAAAACACACUCCUCUCCAUGGACUGUAAAAUGAAAAUAUUACACAUCCUUGACUUGGAUUGGAAGAAACAACACAUGCGACUCUGACGACCACCUGAAUAACGGAAUUGACUUUUUUGGAGUUUGGGGAGGCUCACGAAAUAAUAUUUUGGCGUUUCAAGCAACAGUUUGUAUAUAAUCGCUGAGACAGAACGACUACCCCCCUAGGAAGCCUCCAUGAUGGAGGAGGAACAGUGCUACUACAAUGAGACCAUUGCCUUCUUCUACAACCGCAGUGGAAAGUACCUGGCUACAGAGUGGAAUACCGUCAGUAAGCUGGUGAUGGGGCUGGGCAUCACAGUAUGCAUCUUCAUCAUGCUGGCUAACCUGCUGGUCAUGGUGGCCAUCUACGUCAACCGCCGCUUCCACUUCCCCAUUUACUACCUGAUGGCCAACUUGGCCGCCGCCGACUUCUUAGCCGGCCUGGCGUACUUCUACCUGAUGUUCAACACGGGCCCGAACACGCGGCGCCUCACGGUCUCCACGUGGCUGCUCCGCCAGGGUCUCAUCGACACGUCCCUCACGGCGUCCGUGUGUAACCUCCUCGCCAUCGCCAUCGAGCGCCACAUCACCGUGUUCCGCAUGCAGCUGCACACGCGCAUGUCCAACCGGCGUGUCUUCGUGGUGAUAGUAGUCAUCUGGACCAUGUCUAUCGUCAUGGGAGCCAUCCCGUCGGUGGGGUGGAACUGUAUCUGUGACAUCAGCACGUGUUCUAGCAUGGCGCCGCUCUACUGUAACUCCUACCUGGUGUUCUGGGCCGUGUUCAACCUGGUCACCUUCCUGGUCAUGGUGGUGCUGUACGCUCACAUCUUUAUGUACGUGAGGCAGAGGACCAUGAGGAUGAGCAGACACAGCUCCGGACCACGUAGGAACAGAGACACCAUGAUGAGCCUGCUGAAGACUGUCGUCAUCGUAUUGG